AUAUUCGCUAACAAUGAGUUAAAUCUAGGUGAUAUUGAUGUAUAUGGUUUUGAUUAUGAUUAUACUCUAGCAGCCUACAGACCUGAAUUACAUCAUACUAUUUAUCAUCUAGGACAGGAAACACUUAUCUCAGAUUUUAAGUAUCCAGCAGAAAUAUUAAAAUACCCGUACGAUCCAUCGUGGCCAAUCAGAGGCCUUCAUUACGAUGUCAGAAAGGGAUUACUGUUAAAAUUAGACGCUUUUCAUAAUAUUCAACUUGAUACAGUUUUCAGAGGUCAGAGAAGAGUGACUGAGAGAGAAGUUAAAUCCCUAUAUAAUGGAACCCACGUUACUCUAGAUCAGAUGAAUACUUUCUAUGGUCAGGGUCCUAUGCAUCAACUAAUAGAUCUUUUCGCUAUUCCUGAAGUUUCUCUAAUCACCAACACUACAGAGGCCUUCAUUACGAUGUCAGAAAGGUAUGUUAAUUUCAAUCUUAAACUGACUGAGAACUGUAUUCAGAGAAUCCAUUCUUCAGGUUUAUUACAUCAAAAAAUCAUGGACAAUAUAGAUUUGUACCUAAUGAAAUGUGAAAAAACAAAAUAUUUAUUAGAAAGAUUGAGAUCGUCUAAUAAAAAAUUAUUUCUCAUCACAAACAGUGGCUUUAAUUUCGUUGAUGCUGGUAUGAGAUUUAUGAUUGGUGAAGAUUGGAGAGAAAUGUUCGAUGUUGUUAUAACUAACGCUAGAAAACCGAAAUUCUUCAACGAAACUUCCCGUCCGUUCCGUGAACUAGAUGAAGUCAGGAACACCCAGUCCUGGGGUAAAGUAACGGAACUCCAGAAGGGGCGUGUCUAUCAAGAAGGGAAUUUUUCACGAUUAAAAGAUAUGACUGGUUGGUUUGGAAACAAAGUGUUAUAUUUUGGUGAUCAUGUAUACAGUGAUUUAGCUGAUCCUUCAUUAAAACAUGGGUGGAGAACUGCUGGUAUAAUUCCUGAAUUAGAGAAUGAUGUAGAAAAGAUGAAUACUGUAGAAUAUCAGAAGAAUGUCAAGUGGUUAGUGUCAUUAGUUCAGCAGUUAGAGGAAUCUCAGCAUCAAUCAAGUUUAGAUUCAGCCGAGUUGAUUGAGAUUUGGUUAGAAGAACGAGAUGAAAUAAGAUAUAAACUAAAAGCUAUGUUUAAUCCAAGAUUUGGAAGUUUAUUCCGAACUCAUAAUAAUCCAACGUAUUUCUCUCGUCGACUGGGACGAUUCGCUGAUAUUUAUAUGUCUAGUCUCAUAAAUCUCUUACAUUAUAACGUAGAUCAUACAUUUUACCCGCGACGUAGCGUAUUACCUCACGAACCUAAUCCAUUCUAA